UAGGACAAUUUUGAUUACUUAUGUGUAGGAACUAAACUCAUUGAUACCACUUAGAGGCACUGCUGUGUUUGUCUACCAGUAAUGUAAUUCAGAAAUCUGUAAUGAGCUGAAAAGGCUAGGGAUUAUGUUAUUGUUUGAAUGGAAAGGGGGAAGAAAGACAGACAUUUCUUAGGCGAAAUAGAUAGGUGUCCUUGCCUUUUCCUUUUCGAGAACCGGGUCAUGCUGCAUUUUGUAAAUCAGGGUGCAGGUUUUUUUUUUUCUUUCUAAAGGGGGAGUUUUGACCACAUGUUCGGGUGCCUGUGAGUGGUGCUGUGCAGUGUGGAGCAGAUGUUUAUUUUGAGCUAAAAGGGGGGAAACUCUUCUUGCAAAGCUUGUACAAAGAUGAAAGGAGUCAGAGCUCAAAUGAGGUUCGAUAUGCAUGUGCAUAAAAAAGAAUGAAAAAAAAAAUAUUUGAAGGUCAUUUUCAGAUCAGAGACCACAGAAUAAUUGUAAUGUAUUUCAGGCAAUAAAAUGUGAAUGAAAUGAUAAGUAGUGUUUUCAAAUAAUUGCAUUAUAUUUCAUCAGAUAGGUAUGAUAGUCUAAUUAUUUCUGUAUGUCAGAAGAAAAGGUAGCCUGUCUAAGCUAUAAAUUCCCAUUUUCUGCACUUUUCACUCUGUCUGCCUCUGAAAGCAGCCACAGAGCCUGGGAUCCUAUUGGGCCCAUCCUAGGGCUACAGUAAUUGCCCGAUGACAACUGAAAAUGAUAGAAUAAUUGUCAGGAGAGACAUUUUUAAUGGGCAAGGUGAUUUAAGUAUGCAUGAACAAGCUAUGAGCGGAGAAGAGCUUGUUUAUGAUGCAAGCCACUAUAAACACAGUUGGAGUGAUGACACAGAUAGCUGCACUUUUCUCAGUGACAUGAGCAAGUUCUUGCUGCAAACACCAACAGCUUUUUCCUCUGACCAGUUUGACACUCUUCAUCUUCAGGCACUACAAGCAGCAAGGAAAUUACUUUUACAGCAGCAAAGCAGUGGACUAAAAUCUCCAAAGAGCAACGACAAACAACGUCCACUGCAGGUACCUCUGUCAGUGGCCAUGAUGACUCCCCAGGUGAUCACCCCUCAGCAAAUGCAGCAGCUCCUCCAACAGCAAGUGCUAUCCCCGCAGCAGCUUCAGGCUCUUCUCCAGCAGCAGCAAGCAGUCAUGUUACAGCAGCAACAUCUCCAGGAGUUUUAUAAAAAACAGCAGGAACAGUUACACCUUCAACUUUUACAGCAACAGCACCCAGGAAAGCAAGUAAAGGAGCAACAGCAACAACAGCAGCAGCAGCAGCAGCUAGCAGCCCAGCAGCUUGUCUUCCAACAGCAGCUCCUUCAGAUGCAGCAACUCCAGCAGCAACAGCACCUUCUGAACCUGCAGCGGCAGGGCCUCAUCUCCAUGCCACCUGGACAGUCUGCCCUCCCUGUCCAGUCCCUGCCACAAGCUGGCUUGAGCCCCGCAGAAAUCCAGCAGUUGUGGAAAGAAGUAACCGGGGCUCACAAAAUGGAAGACAAUGGCAUUAAGCACGGAGGGCUUGACCUCACUACUAACAAUUCUUCCUCUACUACCUCCACGACCACUUCCAAAGCAUCGCCACCUAUUACCCAUCAUUCCACAGUGAAUGGACAGUCUUCAAUCCUCAAUUCGAGAAGAGAUAGCUCGUUACAUGAGGAGACUGGGGCCUCUCAUUCUCUCUACGGCCAUGGAGUGUGCAAAUGGCCUGGUUGUGAAAGCAUCUGUGAAGAUUUUGGCCAGUUUUUAAAGCACCUUAACCAUGAACAUGCAUUGGAUGAUAGGAGCACUGCACAGUGCCGGGUACAGAUGCAAGUUGUACAACAAUUAGAGAUACAGCUUUCUAAAGAACGUGAACGUCUUCAGGCAAUGAUGACCCACUUGCACAUGCGACCCUCGGAGCCCAAGCCAUCUCCAAAACCUCUGAAUUUGGUAUCGAGUGUUACCAUGUCCAAGAACAUGUCCGAGACGUCCCCUCAGAACUUACCUCACACCCCCACUACGCCAACAGCCCCAGUCACUCCACUUACCCAGGGGUCCUCUGUUAUCACCUCAGCCAGCCUGCCCAAUGUAGGAGCCAUCCGAAGACGGCACUCAGACAAAUACAGCAUUCCCAUGUCAUCAGGUGGUGACACAGUAUUUAUUUUUCCAGAGAUUGCCCCAAACUAUGAGUUUUAUAAGAAUGCAGAUGUCAGACCUCCAUUUACUUAUGCAACUCUCAUAAGGCAGGCCAUCAUGGAAGCAGCUGACAUGCAGUUAACACUUAAUGAAAUUUACAGCUGGUUUACACGGACAUUUGCCUACUUCAGGCGUAAUGCAGCAACUUGGAAGAAUGCAGUUCGCCAUAAUCUAAGUCUGCACAAGUGUUUUGUUCGAGUAGAAAAUGUUAAAGGGGCAGUGUGGACAGUGGAUGAAAUGGAAUACCAAAAGCGGAGGUCACAGAAGAUAACGGGAAGCCCCACGUUGGUCAAAAACUUGCCAACUAGCCUGGGGUAUGGUGCAGCUCUCAAUGCAAGCUUACAGGCUGCAUUAGCAGAAAGUAGUUUACCAUUGCUUGGUAACCCAGGCCUGAUACACACCAGCUCAAGUGGAUUACUGCAGGCAGCCCAUGAAGACCUCAAUGGUUCACUGGAACACCUUGACAGCAAUGGGAAUAGCAGUCCAGGCUAUUCUCCACAGCCCCACAUGCACCCAAUUCAUGUCAAGGAGGAACCAUUGAAUACAGAAGAUGAAGAGUGCCCAAUGUCAUUAGUGACAACAGCCAAUCACAGUCCGGAACUAGAAGAGGAUAGAGAAAUUGAGGAAGAACAUUUAUCUGAGGAUCUGGAAUAACAAGGAACAGACAGAGGGUCACAUGACAGACCUCCAUAACCACAUCACUACAAAGAAAAUAUGGCAGACUUUUACUGUGACUAUUUAUUGAGCAUGCAUCAAGGAGACAGCCUAAAGGAACUAUUUGUUACAGCCCUUUGGGACCAAGUAAUGACAAGCAUUAAAUGCUUGGUUUUUAACCUAUAAAGACUGAUUUCCUUACAAACUCAAAAUGGCUCGACCUUAUAUAUAUAUAUAUAUAAAAAAAAAGGAUUUGGCAAGCAAGGGUUCAUGGAUUGAAUGAAAAUGGGGAAGUCUGUUCUAUAGAAAGCUAAUGGCCUCAUAUUCUGCCAAAAAUAGUGUUAGUUUCAUUCAGUGUGAAUUUCCAACCUACAGUAAUUAUUAAUAUUAGAAACAAUUGCUGAUCCAGUUCAAGUUGUUGUUGUUUCAUCAUUUGCACAGGAGUAGUAUCAGAAAUAUUAGUGUCACUGCUUGUAUGUAGCUAAUACUUUAAAUGGACCAGUAGUUUGCUUUUUUCAUUUUUUUUAUGUUGGCGCCACCAACUGUAAAUGACAUUAGUUACCAAUUACAGAACCACAGUUAUGAGACUGUGUUGCAAAUUUGAACUGUCCAAAAAAAAAAAAACUAGGCUUCCAGUAUUUUUGUUAGUGCUGAAAUGUAAAGUGUUGAAAGUAACUGUUUGUGCAAGCAUCAUAAGGAAAAAUGCAUUUCUGCAUAUUCUACAACUGUUCUCUUUACCUCCUCGUUCUGAAGCUUUGUCUACCUGCAAACAGUCAAAGGCAACAGCUAGAAACCAAAGCCAACUCAAACAAUGGCCAAUAGCUCAGAGACAGAAGCAGCCACAUGCUUUGGUCAGCCUUCUGUAACUUUAAUUAGUACAAAGGAUGCUUUCCAUGAACUACCUUCUGAUAACCUCUGGGAUUGUUUCAUUUAGCCCUGUACAAAGAAAAUAAGUCCAUUUUGAUGUGUAGUUUGAUUAAUCUAAAGAGUCCACGUUAAUGCAGAAUUUGCCUGUAUUUACUGUAUGGCAAAAUAAGAUGAGAUGUAAAAAUACUGUAAAAGAAGAUGGUGGGAGUUGGUAGGAAGCAGCUUAUUGUGGAUCAUAAAUACCAUUGACCAAAACUUUUGUGUACUUAACAGAAGUGCAGAAUUUGUACUGCUGUAUAAUUACAUUUGGUUUAAUUUACAUUAAGCCAAACUGUAAUUAUACAUCCAGUCAUGUUUUCUAGUGAAUAUGUGAUGUUAGUGGGACUGUCUUGUACGUUUUGUCUUUUACUUUUUUGUACAAUUUGUUCAGAGCCGUCUUAAAUGAAACUGAAAACAUAGUAGUAACCAAACAUUUAAAGAUCUAGUGAAGCCAAAAACAAAAAAAGAAUUUCAAGUUGAUAAGAAAUGAUCUGGCUUGGUUGCUUCAAAUGAAAGCAAAUAUAUUAUAGCCAUUGUAGUCUAGGAUGUUUAAGGUGACUGCUGCCUUUUCUAGCUGAUAUUUGCUGAAAGUAUAUCAUAUAUAUAACAUUUUGUUUUUAACUUGGUCAUCUUUCAAUUUGAUUUAGUUUAAAUUAAACCUAUACUACGAUGUAUAAAUAUAACGUGUGUUUAAUCAGACAUAUGUUGAAAUUACAUUAUAGAAUUCAGAAAUAUAAUUUGACUGAUUUUCAAAGUUUUUAAAAUUUUAGAUAACUUUAGCCAAUGUUAUCUAGAAAAGAGGAUGUGGUUGCUAUAAUGGUCAUUUCUGUUUUCAGUCAAACCAAAGUUACACAAAAUUCUGCCUCUUCUUAUAUGGGAUAGUGAAGCUAACAAUACGCUCCCUUUUAAAGACUUGCACACAGUCCAAGUGGUUGGUAUGCUGGCUUUCUUGAUCCUUGUUUUGCUAAAACUACGAAUGCAUAAAAUAAUUUUCUAAUAAUUUGUAAUAAUGCAUUGUAUUUAAAAUACAGCUGUAUGUCUACUUUGUGCUUAAAAAAACAUACUAUGUAUAUAUGUUACGUUUGCAAGUUCUGUGCCAAGUCUUUAUAAUCCUUUACUUUUUUCCCCAAACCAAGGGACCUCAUAACCUGAUAUGGUUAUUGCUUUACAAACAGUUUUUGACAGAAGGUGGCUGCUAGAGCUUAACACACACACACACGCACAUGCACACACCAG